AUGAUCCAAGAUCGCGGCAUAAUCUAUAAGACCAAUGGAACUGGUCGUGACACCUACAUAUUCAAUGACAACGGAGGUUUUUCACUUCAAUAUUAGCCUAAUAGUUAUGAUAAGCCAGGGACAUUUUUACCAAAUGUACUAAAGAGAUAGAAUGAGAAAUCGCCUGUUAUCCAUUCGAGAGCAGUAAACUACAGACAUGACGGAAGUGGCAGAGACUCCUACAUCAUUACUGGAAACGGAGGAUACUAAAAUUCAGGCAAGCAUUCAGAAUUUAGAGAAGCUUUCAAGCAAUCUUUGAGAUCUUAUGAGAGAAAUGAUUUUUACCUGUAAAAAAGAAAAUCUUCAAACUUCAAGCCUAACAGCACCCACAUGCUAAGUCUUAAGAACAUUCUCUCCCAAAACAACAUCAUUAUUGAGGACAUCAAAAAUGAAAACAAGCAGUAUGAAAAUAUCCACUUAGAAUCUCCUCAAAUGAAGGAUACAUUAAAAAGUAACACUUAAAUGAUCCUUCAGAAAAAUCUAUCAAUGCCAAGAAAUGUAAAUAAAGAGAUGAGCAUGACCUAGACUUACUUUAAAAACUAAGGCCUUUACACUUAGAGCUUCAACUAGUCAAGAAAUUCAUUGGCAGCAGCUACCAUCGUCCAGGAUAACCCAAAGCAAUCUCAAAUCAAUAGACUUGCUACCUAUUAAAAAACUCUUAAUCUCAGAUUGUCAUAACCAAGAAUUAAAAGUGAUGAUUCUUUCGUUGCUAGUCCUGAAAAGAGCAAAGAAAAUUUCAAAAUUUAAGAGGAGAUGUCAAAGAAAAAUCUCAAACUUAAGAAAAUUAACAUUGAAGAGAGAUAAGAACUCUAUAAGAAGUAUCUUGAGAAAGUUUAGAAUUCAAGGCAAGGAAGUCCGGUUGAUGGGAUAUCACAAAAAAUAAGUGACACAUAGGUAAACCUAUUGAACAAUCUCAAUUGA